AUGAAAGUCACCAUCGUACUCUUCCUUUUGUCCUUGUUCGCUGCAGUUGCUCUUGCUCUCGUAGUAGACAAAAAACCCGUUAAUGAAGAAAAUGUAGACAAACGUACACCUCAUGAUUACGAUUACAAGGAGAAAAAAUACGAUGAUGAUUACUACAAGGAGAAAAAAUACGAUGAUGACUACUACAAGAAGGACAAAUACGAAACGAAGAAAUACUACAAACGUACACCUCAUGAUUACGAUUACAAGGAGAAAAAAUACGAUGAUGACUACUACAAGAAGGACAAAUACGAAGAUGAAUACUACACAGACUACUAUA